GUCCCAAGAAGGAAAAGGCACAAGCCGGCGCUCCCUGGCUCUCCUCGUGGCUCAAGAGGACAGGCAGCUUACUCAAGAGGAGCAGCGCCACAAGGUCGCAACAGCAGCCGGAGCCCUUCCCCGCUGCUGAGUCCAGCUCCUCCUCCAGCUCUGGAUGUAAACACUGAGUAGGCGAAGGAGGAGACUGGGCCAAGCCGGAAGAGGAACGAGCCGGCGGGUCAGCCAGGGGUGCUUCUGGUGGUCACCAUCUUCGAAGGGGGAGAGGGGGAGAACUGGAGAGAUCAACAGGUGCACGUUUUUCACCCGCGCCGUACCUGGGAAUGCUGGUGCUCUUGCCAAAUUUUUGAUCCAUAGGAACCUACUUUAUAUCCACUUUUGGACGCUGACUAGGAGCGGCUCCCUUUCAGGCAGCUUAACCUGAAACUGCCGCCAGGGAUUGAACAUCGGAUCUUUUGUAUGCAAGGCGUAUGCGCUACCACCAACUCAAACCCAUAUGGGCAUCCAGGAAAACAAUGGCCCAGGGGAGACAUAUCUGCACCAGGAUGACAUUGUCUAUAGAAGAAGAACACAGCGCAGUGCCAUGAACUGCAAUCAGAGUUGCUUUUGGCCCAGAUCAGAAGAUGGGCUGGUCAACAUUCCAGUUAAUAUCUCUACAGAAUUUUCUGUGGAGCAGACAGCUGUGAUAGCUGAAGCCAUGCAAGAAUUUGUCACACUGACAUGUAUUCAGUUUAUCAGUCGCACAACAGAACAUGACUACAUCAAUAUUUUCCCUGGAGACAGAUGCUGGUCUUAUUUUGGGAAGAUUGGAGGCAGACAGAAUUUGGGUUUGGCAAAAUUUGGCUGCAUUUAUAAAGGAUUAAUUCAGCAUGAACUCAACCAUGCGUUGGGUUUCCUACAUGAACAAGCCCGGGGUGACCGAGACAAGUACGUUAAAAUCAACUGGGAGUACGUUACAGCAGGAGAACAGGGGAAUUUUGAGAAAGUGAACUCCAACAAUCUGGGUCUUCCAUAUGACUACGGUUCAGUGAUGCACUAUGGCCCAUAUGAUUUUUCUAAUGCCGCUGGGAAGCCAACCAUAGUCCCCACCCCUAAUGCAUCUGUACUAAUUGGUCAGCGAGUAGGACUGAGCAACCUAGAUGUGAAAAAAAUCAACAUGCUCUACAGCUGCAACUGUUGUAGCACUGUGCUUCGUAAUCCAAGAGGCAACUUCUCCUCUAACAAUUACCCACAUUCAUAUCCUCCAAAUGUCACAUGCCUAUGGCUGGUCAAAAUCCCAAAUGUAAAGGUCUUCCUGAAGUUUCUAGUUUUUGAUCUCCAGCCCUCCCCAAACUGUGCCUCUGACUACAUCCGAAUUUAUGAUGGAAACAGCAGAAAUGCUCGUCUUCUCAUUGACAAGUUUUGUGGUGUGGGGCAAUUGCCUGCAGUGGUAUCUUCUGGAAGCACGAUGCUUGUGGAGUUUGUGAGUGAUGAGGAUACUGCAGCAAAGGGCUUCACAGCCUCCUAUACAUAUGUGAUAUGUGGGGGGACGUUCACGAACACUUCUGGAGCAGUGACUUCCCCAAACUUCCCUAGAAAAUACCCCCCAGACCAAGACUGCCUAUGGAUUAUCAGUGCACCUCCAGGAAGGAGGAUAUCCCUAAGAAUGGACUCUUUUGACCUGGAGUACACUGCAGAGUGUAACUAUGACAGGCUUGUCCUUCGUGAUGGCAGCCAAAACCAUUCUCCACGUGUUGGCACUUUUUGUGGGAAAAUGGAGGUUCCGGCUUUCAAUUCUACUGGGAGCUUUCUACGUGUAGAAUUUUACACUGACCUUGCUUUUCAAUAUUCUGGAUUUAAGCUGGACUACUCAAUCAUUCUGCCAUCGUGAAGGAGAGCCUACAGGAGACUUGCCUUGCUCCUGAAUUGCCAACAAGAAAGAUAAUGGAAAUUCUGACUCCGGAUUGUCUCUGCCUCUUGCUGCCAUUGUGUUUUGUGUCUUUUAAAGACUAAUCCCAUUAAUGAUAUUAAUAUAUAAAUGCAGAAUGCUGAGCUGUGUGCCUGAUUUGUCAAAACACAAAGGUAUAAUUGAAGCAGACAAGAAGAAUAAUUCUGUGUUGUAUCUCUUCAAUUGCUGUUUUUAUGCGCCAUCUGGUGGUGGCACCUUGAACGGACUAUGUAACAAGUUGUAUAAGUCAAGCUUAAAACAUCCAUCAUAUGUAACACAGUGCUUGCGAUUGCUUUGGUCUGCUAACAUUCUAAUGUGCUUAAUUUACCUUCCACAUUUACAUGCACAGGCCUUUUCCAGUAGAAAAUGCCCAUCAGUGUCCUUGUAUGUUCAGUGACUUUAUACACAGCAAGUACCUAUGUUCCUGUUUUCAAGCAAUAAGGCAGGGAUGUUGCAACAUUGUCUCAUAUGUGGUGUGCAUAUGGUGAUACAGAGUGUGAGCUGGGGACAAGUCCUACCACCAUGAUUUUAUAGGCUGCCUCUGUGUUGGCAGUGUAGUGUAGCGGUUAAGGUGUUGGACUAUGACCUGGGAGACCAGGGCUCAAAUCCCCACAUAGCCAUGAACUCACUGGGUGACCUUGGGCCAGUCACUGCCUCUCAGCCUCAUGAAACCCUAUUCAUAGGGUCACCAUAAGUUGGAAUCGACUUGAAGGCAGUACAUGUUGGCAGUAGGGAUGGGAUCCAUUGGCCAGUGCCUGUUCAAAAGCAUUCCAUUGACCUAACAGGCUGUUAUCAAUUCAAGUUCAUUCUUUGUCUGCUAGCCAGGCUAUGGUCUGAAGGCAUAUGAGGCAACUACCUUGCUGAAGCUAAGCAGAUUUGGGUUUGGUCAGUGCCUGGAUGGGAGAUUGUCUGGGAACAUGUAUGGUGCCUUGGCUUCUGUGGUGAAAGAAAGGUGUGGUAUAAAUGUAAUAAGUAAAUAAAUAGCCACUGCUUUUAGUGAUCCAUUUUUCCCUCCCAAAAAUAUUGUUAUUAAUAUCGAUAUUUUGAAAUGAAAUAUCAAUAUUUUGAAAUGAAAUAUCAAU